CUCUUUUGCAGGUCCCUUUAAGAGCGCCUGCGCUGCCGGCCAGGUCGCUCUCUCGCAGACUCGGAGGAAGGAAAGGAGCAAGGAAGGGCGGGCGGGCUGCUUCUCUCUCUCCCUCUCUGCUCCUCUGGGGCCAUGGCCAUGGCUUCUCCGGCGGUGGGGCAGUUCCCCCCGUAUCCGCCGCUGCUUCUGGACAAGGAGCAGCAGCGCUUCCUGCAGAGCCUCAGCGCCUCGGAGAGGAAGAAGCUCCGCAAGCGCUCCCUGCCCGCCGGCAAUAGCGACCUCCUGCAUCCGCAGCAGCAGCAGCAGAGGAGGAAGAAGAGGCAGGCCGGGGGGGGCAUGGAGGGGGGCGAGGAAGAGGAGGACGAAGGAGAGGAAGGCGCCCAGGAGGAGCAGCAGCAGGAGGAGGAGCAGGAGGAGGAGGAGGAGGAGGGAGGGCAGGGGCGCAAUGCGGAGCCGCCGCGGGGCGCCAACCUGCGCCUCAUCCUCGAGCCUCCCGAGGAGCCCUCGCCCGCCAAGCCCGCCUCGCUCCCCUCUCACCCGCACCACCACCACCACCACCACCAGCGGCUCCGGCUGAAAUGCGGGGCUCCCCGGCUACUCCCCGACGUGCGCACCAUCUUCGAGCAGCCCCGGGACCCGCGCGUCCGGCCCGAGAAGGGCGAAGGGCACCGCUUCCAAGGCUUCGCCCUCGUCUGGCGCGGGUGGUGCGACCUGUGCGGGAGGGAGGUCCACCAGCGGGGCCUCCGCUGCGCCAACUGCAAGUACACCUGCCAUCAGGAAUGCAGGAACCUCAUCCAGCUGGAUUGCAGUCAGCAGGAAGGGCAACCACGCAACAAACCAUCUCCAGAAAACACAUUAACACAAAAUUAUAGUCAGAAUGUAACAAAAACAGUGGAAGAAGAAAAACUUAAAGCUCCUACCACCCAAGAGCUGAAGGAGAAGAUUGAUAAAUACAAUUCCAAAGUCAACAAUUGCUUGCUGAUGAAGAUGAAUGAUGAUGGAACUUACACAGGUUUCAUCAAAGUACACUUGAAACUUCGCCGGCCAGUGACAGUCCCAGCAGGGAUCCGGCCACAGUCCAUCUAUGAUGCCCUCAAGGAGGUCGACUUGGCCAACAUGACAGAGAAGAGAACAUCCUUCUACCUGCCGCUGGAUGCCAUCAAGCAACUUCACAUCAGCAGCACCACCACUGUGAGUGAAGUAAUCCAGGGACUUCUGAAGAAAUUUAUGGUGGUUGACAACCCACAGAAGUUUGCACUUUUCAAACAGAUGCAGAAAGAUGGCCAAGUUCUGUCUCAGAAACUCCCUGUAACAGAAUAUCCUUUAUACCUCCGGCUGCUAGCAGGUCCCGACACAGACAUUCUGAGUUUUGUGUUGAAAGAAAAUGAAACUGGGGAAGUUGAGUGGGAUGACUUCUCUAUUCCGGAGCUACAGAAUUUCCUAGUAAUACUUGAAAGAGAAGAAAAAGAGAAAAUCCAGCAAGUGCAGAAGAAGUAUGACAAGUUUAAACAAAGGCUGCAGGAGGCCUUGAAAGAAGCUAAUGAGAAGCCUGGAUAACCAAGUCUGGUAAUGUGGCUAGUGAUAAACUAAAAAAUUAAUAUAUAUACAUAUACUAGUAUAUUUAAAAACAAAACAAAAAUAUCACCCAACCAAGACUUUUCUUCUCAGGACACUUUUUCGAUUUGGCUGCAGUCCACAGCGUGCUUAGAAUUGGUUUUACAAAAUGGAAAAGGAUGUCCCUGUCCACUGGCCCUUCAGACACCAAAAAUCGAAUGCUGCAUCUCCUUCUGAGGUGGUCAACCUGAAUGGCAUAUUCAGGAAACUUUACAAUAAAUGUUGAAUGUGCAAGGAAUUGGUUUGCAUAUGGUACAAAUGCUAAGGGCCAGCCCCAAACUACUAUCUUCCUUUUCCCACAUCCCAAUACCUCACCUGCUGGAUUUGUGUGUACGUGUGGCAGAAGUGCAAUGAAUGUGCUCUCUUGUGGUAACUUCACCACAAGAGCUACUGAAAGGUCUACAUCAGCCCAUGAAGUAUCCCUGCUCUGAUACAUAUGGACACUGUGGGCUCUACAGUGUAGAGGAUGCCAAAUAGACUGUUGCGCCAUAUGAAGAGAACAGAUGCCAAGGAAGCUGUAGAUGUACAGCAGGUCUUGAUGGUGCUAGAGUGCUUUGGCCUUGAGUUAUUAUUUCUAUUUUCUCAGGGGAAAAGGGGAUCUUUUUUGAGGGUGUGUGUGGGUUGUGUUCUUGAUCAUGCUCCCCAGCCUAAUAUUUUAAACAUAUUCAUAAGUUUGGAAGCACUUCUUCUUAUGCAGCCAGAACAGGGACCAGUAUCAACAGAUCGGAGAACUGACUUUGAGACUUUCCCCUUAAGACGUUCAAGAUGUUAGUCAUCAAACAGCUUGAAAGUAACACCAAGACCUUGAAGGAAACUGGAAAUGAUAUUGAGUUGACCCAGUUAUGGGCUCACAAUAUUAAUAGUAGGUGAGCUAAAAAAUCUGCAACUGCCCAGUCUCAGUUGGCGAUCUCCCCGAUGUUGGAUUUUCAACCUGCAACCUACAAUAUUUGAUUUAGAGGUUCUGCUAAAGCAGGUGUGAGAAACCUGUGACACACCCAAGUCUUGUUAGACUCCAGAUAACAGCAAAUUGAAUAGGGAAGAGGGAGUUUGUGGCAGAAGACCUGCCUGCUUCUGUGAAACACCAAAGGAAAGUGAUCAGUAAAGGUGAACCUGUGCAAGUCAUCAAUGCAACAAGUGAUAAUUCUGCUUAUGGGGGACAUUCCUCUGUCUUCAGUGGUGUCAUUGGGCCCUUCCAUUUAGAUAAAGAUUUAAAAAGUAAUGUGAGACUUCAGCUGGAGUUAGGAGACAUGGCCAGAGCACUUAAGUGUCAAACAAUGCUGGAAAACUUACUUAGAGCUCCUUAUGUUUUGCACAGAGCUUUCUGCUCGUAACUCUUUUCAUCUUACACUUGGAGACAGACUUGGAUAUUCCUCAGCUAUUGCUGCAGUUGUGGAAGUGGCUAGCACUGUCCUUAUCAUUCUGUCAAGUAGACAGACAUUCGACAGCAAAAUAGCUCUAUUUUUGACUGCAGCUAUAGCUGCCACUUUCAGGCAAGCUGCUAACAGCUUGCUUGCUGUCAAAUUAGGACAGAAAGAAAUGUUAUUUUCCUGCUUACCUCUAAGAAAGUGUCUUACAGAAUCAAGAAAAUGCUUUCCCAUGUUCUAAGGCCCCCCUCCCCAAGUGUAUUACAGUUUAAUUUAAUUUUUAAAACUACUUCUGUUUGGGGUUAAUUUCAAAAUCUGUGCUGGCAAGCCAAACAAAUGUAUGGGAAGUGCCCUGGCAGCAACAGUCAUUCUCCUUAAAAAACCCAAGAGGUACAAGUAGAAAAACCCCUAACAAUCUUACCCUGUUUCUCCCUUGAUUUAAAACAGGAAGUGUAACCUGCCCAUUAAAUUUGCCUGUAUAUUGUGUUAUUUGUGUUGAGCCCCCUUAACUCAUAAAGUCAGAAAGCCGAGCCAGAACUUGUGGCAUUGUAGCAGAUAUCUUAAACUAGUGGAUCUCAACCUGUGGGUCCCCAGAUGCUUUGGCGUUCAGAACUCCCAGAAAUCCUAACAGCUGGUAAAGCGGCCAGAAUUUCUGGGAGUUGUAGGUCAAAACACAUGGGGACCCACAGUUUGAGAACCACUGCCUCAAACCAAAGCUUUAUUGGACCAGGUAAAGAGACAAAAGGUUUGUUUCCUUCUAUGGGGGCACUGAGGAAGCAGUACCUUGCAGCAGUAAGGUAGCAUAAGGAGAGCAUGAAGUAUUUAGAAAGAAGCACCUGUGAAAUGCUGAACCAAGAAGAAAAGGCACUUCCCAAUCACUGUGGAAAUACAUGGCUGUGCACACUGAGGAGGGAGCGCAGUUCCUUCAAUAGUAGUACUACUAAGAUUGAGAACCAAAAAACAAAAACAAAAACCCAACAACAACAUCCCAAACUUGAAGGCAGUAUCUGUAUGCCAUUGAUACCUUCUACCUAGCAAUGUUGCAUAUUUAAUUUUUGUUUUCUCUUUUAUGCUUAAUGGGAAAAAAAUAUCACCUUAGCUUUUCAGUGACUGGCACUCUUCAUCCUUCCCUCCCCAUCCCUCAAAUAUUUAGGACAUUUUUAUAGAAGGCAUGGCUUCUUAUGCAAUUUAUGUAAGUGCUGCUGACUAAGCCUCCUGCAAAAUAGGUGGGUGUGGUGUCUUUUUUCCUCUCUUUUUUUACAAGAUUAUAUAUCUAUGGGCCAUUAUGAAAAUAAAUAAUAAUUCCGAAGCUCAGAUGGUGAAAGAAAGCAGAGCCACUUGAUAUGUGGCAGAGCAGAAGCCUUAGUAAGAGUUAGUGGAGGCCCCAACUUGCGAUGCGCAGACUACUGCUGGCAGUGCCUUUGUUUAGUGCAGGUGUGGCCCAAAUGCACCUCUCAAAAUGUUAUUGGGCUCCAGUUCUUGUAGACCUUUGGCAGCAUAGCCAGUGGCAAAGGAUUCUGGGAGAGGUAGCCCAAAAAAAUCUGGAGGGCCACCCUUUGCUCAACCAUAGUUUAAUACGUUGUGUUGCCUGCAUCUGUAUGUGUGUAAUACAUCUUUUUUCCCUUUUUAAGUGGUCCAUUGUAAAACAUGUACAAUCUGUAUAGAAUGAAAAUAGUAGAAGCUUGUGGGAAAGUAAAUACAUUUUUGCAAUGCUGUAAUUUAUUUUUACUACUGUUUCAGCCCUACGACUGAGAAUAUGUCACCUUCUAGCUUUUUUUUAAAGCUCCUGACCAAUUUGUUCCUGUGAUGCAAAGUGUGUAAGAAGCUAUUAAAAAUAAACAAGUCUUCAAUAAAGUUGUUUCAAGAAGUCCA